AUGUCACCGAGGAAACAAAAAAGAGAGGAUAAAUUUAGGAAGGUAAGGGCGUUCGUUGAGCAUAUCCUGCAAGAGUGCUUACAUUUGUCAAGAUACGAAAAAGUGGCAGUAGACGAACCAAUGGUUCCAUUUGCUGGUGCUGCUCUUGCCAAACAAUACCGGAUGACAAAAAAGUGGACAAUAUGUGUCUUGUUCCAUUUUUUAGAUUUGAUUCUGACCAACUGCUGGCUGCUGUAUCGCAGAAAAAGGGUAAUGGCAGAAGACAAAAAAAAAGACAUUUUAAAGUUCUUGCAAUUUCGUGUUGAAGUUGCCCAUACAAUGAUUUCAGAGGAUCACAUUGAAACUGAUGAUGACGGUGGCGACGAUGAUCAACCUCCUGCCAAAAGGAGUAAAACUAUUUCACUAACACCCAACAGAAAAAGAUCUGGCUAUUUCCCGAAAAUGAUGGAUCUGAAAAAUGCCAUGAGAUGUCGAUAA